AUGGAGUCACCGGAUCCAGCAGAUGUGGAAGCUGCUUGCAACCUGAACGCCCAUGGCGUAUUUACCUUCGGUAUCGACGAUUUGAACAGCUCUGGAAUGGGCCCAAGAGGCAGCACAGCGUUUGAUACGUUGUUGAGCUCGAUCACAGCGAAGUCGCAGCUGAGUAACAAUUUGUCGCCGGUGACGAAAUGCGUGUGCUCAACGACGUCGAGUGGCCAGUUGACCGGCAGCGACGAGUUGGCUGGGACCUCCACGGUACAAGCACUGAUAAAGUUGAGAUUUUAGAUGUUAACCGGACACUAACGCGUGGUCGAACACGACAAACCCGUACUUCCUCCUGAUUUACGGGAGGUACCCCAUU